GUGUGUGUUCAAUUAAGCAGUUUGAGAAACGGUUUAAGUGUUGAUAUAAGGCGAGUAUAUCAUUUUGAUGCCUACUUUUGUUGUUGCUAAAUCAAUUGCACAUUUUAUUUUAAUUUUCAGUGAAAUUAUGAACACCGGUACUGAAAGAAACGCACACUCUUAUUUUGUCAUCUGGAUACUGUCUUGCACAGACAGUUUCUGUUGAUUUGUAUAUUGUAAACAGAUUGGACAACUCGUCAGCUGGCUACUUUACUACUUGUAACUGAUAACUGCAGUAAAGUAUUUCGUGGUUGUACCUUUGCGAACAAUAUUAUUAUUUUCUUUCAACGUUGUGUAACUUGUGUAACACAGCAGAAACUGGACAGAUUUCUUGUUACGAGUUAAUUAUAAUUUUCUCACUGCAACAAGUUUGUGUCACAUAAGCCUACUACUGUAUCGUAUCCUUCAAUGUGCAGCUUUAGAUAGGUGGUGCCUUAUUUUGAAACAGUAAAUAAGUAAAUGUAAGGGAAAUCAUUCAUACUUGAGCACUGUAACUCCCAGGCCAAUCAAGAGAGACAUCCAAAUAUUAUUUGUAAUUGAAAAGAAUGCAAGCUGAUAUUAAAGGGUAAUAACCAAUACAUUAUAGUACAGGGUCUUAUUUCUCAAUAGCAUAAUAACUUUCUUUCAAGUCUCUCAUUCGUCUGACUUGGUUGGUUAAACUAUACAUUUUUCACGCGAUGGUCCAAAUAUGACAAAUAAAGGAUUUUGGCCUUUGACUGCAAAGAAAAUGCACCUCGACUCAAAAUGUAUGGUAUUCCAUCUUGUCUGCAUUUAUUUAGCACAUCAGCAACUCAAAAAAUGUUGUAAAGGCUAAUAAUUGUUGUGUUUUCUAUUGUUUUUGAAGGAACGCCAUGACGGAACCUGAGGUUCUGACAGAGGUGCCUGCCUCCCUGAAGCGCCUGGCCAAGGAAGUGGUGCGCGGGUUCUAUGGGGUGGAACAUGCGUUGGCCUUAGACAUCCUUAUCCGAAACCCUUGUGUAAGAGAGGAGGACAUGCUGGAACUGCUAAAGUUUGACAGGAAGCAGCUGCGCUCGGUCCUGAACACACUGAAGGGGGACAAGUUCAUCAAGUGCCGCAUGAGGGUGGAGACCGCUCCCGACGGGAAGACCACCCGGCACAACUAUUACUUCAUCAACUACAGGCUGCUGGUCAACGUGGUCAAGUACAAGCUGGACCACAUGAGGAGGCGGAUUGAGACGGACGAGAGGGACUCCACCAACCGUGCCUCCUUCAAGUGCCCCUGCUGCUUCAGUACCUUUACCGACCUGGAAGCGAACCAGCUCUUUGACCCCAUGACAGGAACAUUCUGUUGUACUUUCUGUCAAACGGAGGUUGAAGAGGAUGAGUCUGCUUUGCCGAAAAAAGAUGCUAGGACACUAGUGGCUAGGUUUAAUGAUCAAAUCGAGCCGAUUUAUGUCCUGCUUAGAGAAACUGAAGACAUCAACCUGUCCCAUGAUUUACUGGAACCAGAGCCAGCUGAGAUCCCAGCACUCAAGCAGAGCAGGGAGCGAGCUGCGGCGGCUUUAGGAACCUCUGCUGGAGCCCACCGGGAGAACUGGGCCACCAAGGGUGCCUACGAAGACUUCUACACCCAGAACGUCACUAUCAGCAUGGAGGAGCAGGAGGAACAGAAACGUUCAGCCAGCGAGGGCAAGACUCCCAAGGAGAGGCCUGUGUGGCUUUCAGAGAGUACUGUCAAGGGGGCGUACAGCGAGGCUGAUGACCCGAAGGAAGGUGGAAUGGGUGUUGAUGGCUUACGUGGUCAUGAUGAAGGGCAGAGCAUGCAGCUGGAUGAGAACGAGGAGGUUAUGCGGGCCCUGCUGAUCCACGAGAAGAGGAGUGCUGGCAUGAACUCUGUGGCGGCGGCAGGGGGUGCGGGUGCAGGGGCUGGCGUGUUUCUCUCAGGCGCCAAUGCCAGUGACUCAGAGAGUGACACCAGUGAGUCUGACGAGGAUUCUCCUCCCCACCCUGUGGCUCAGCACUACAGAAGAAACAAGGAUGAUGAUGAUGAUGAUGAUGAGUUUGAGGAGGUGGGCAAUGAGCCUACAGUUCUAGUGGCUGGUCGGCCUCACUCCUACAGUGAGGUCAGUCAGCGGCCUGAGCUUGUCACACAGAUGAGCCCUGAGGAGAAAGAAGCUUACAUUGAAAUGGGACAAAAGAUGUUCCAGGAUAUGUAUGAGUAAACCAUUGCAAAUUCUCUUUUUUUUUUUCAUUUUUGUUUUUAAUCUCUAAUAUUUUGUGUGUUUUUCUUUUAUGGACAGUUAUUUUAUCAGCUCAGACAUCGCUGCUUAGAACUACAAGCCCUGUUCCCAACCAUGGCGGACAUCUGUAGUAAUACCUCACUCUUUUCACAUGCUCAAGCGGAACGACAAAGUGACUUGAAGUAUUUUGAAUCAUAACCAGUUUUAAGUGUUAAUGAUCAUUUUCACAGCGUGACUUGCAGGUGUGCAACAAAUGAUUACAGACUCUCGUCUUUUAAUAUAUCAUAUCGUUUAUUAGUACCAUUCUUUUGUUCUGUGUGCAAAAACAGGCAACAUUGAAUCCAAGAAAUACUCAUUUGUAUAAAUU